AACUGAUAUUGAUGGCUUUCGGUUGCUGUAUGUUAGGACACACCUGGCUUUUCUGAUCAUGAUCGCCGAUUUCACGAAGUCUGAACGCUAUGGAAAUGACUGGACAACAUUUUGUCGGCGUCAGAUAUAUAAGCAGCGUGCUUCAAAACACAACGACAAAGUGGCGGGAUCGUUGCUGAUUCUGUUCGCGUGAAUCCAUUAUGCUCAGAUUAAACUUGAAUGCGCGUUCACGUAGACGAUCAUUCGCAGACAUGGCAUGAAAGACACCCACCGUAUACGAAUCACCGCAAGAUGGACAACAACAACACCACAAGCGAUCAUGACAUUUUGGAGACGGCGCAGCCGUCCGCCGUUAAGCCUACGGAAAACGGUGUGAUUAUGGUGAUCAACCACAGUAAACUGCAACCACCCUUCAGUGUGCUGUGGUCGUGCGUGCUGUACUGUGCUGAGUUCAUCUGUGCUGCAUUGCUAAGCAGUGUGUACCAUAAAAGUGAAGACCGAGUGUGGAUGGGUCUGACCAUCACAUUCAUACUGGUGCCGUCGGUGCUGACCCAGCUCACUCUCACAUUCGUACACCGGGAUCUGGGGAGAGACCGGCCACUUGUGCUUUUCAUGCACCUGCUACAGAUGGGGCCUAUUAUAAGGUGCAUUGAAGCUCUGGUUGUUUACUGCCAGGCUGGUAAGAAAGAGGAGCCAUAUGUCACCAUUUCCAGAAAGAUCAAGCUAAAGCACGGGAAAGGCAUAGGCCCAGCCUUAGAAUGGGAGAUCGGACACACCGAGCGCAAGCUAGCGGUCCACCGCAAUGCCUUCAAACGCGCAGCUGUCAUUCAGGCCUUCCUGGGGUCCACACCUCAGCUUACUCUUCAGCUCUAUGCUACCAUUCAGGAAAAAUUCAUCCAUCCUACACGACUUGCCCUGAUGAUCAUCUCAUUGAUAUCUAUCACAUAUGGGGCAUUAGUGUGCAGUGUGCUGGCCAUACAGAUCAAGUACGACGACUACAAAGUGAGAAUAAAACCUGGCGCCUACCUGUGCAUGAUCCUUUGGCGAGUGUUAGAGAUCGCCACACGAAUCAUCACCCUGGUGCUCUUCAGCACGGUGUAUACAUACUGGGUGGUCCUAGUGGCCUUGGUCAACUUGUUCAUUUUCUUUUUCCAACCAUGGGUUGAGUUCUGGGUGAGGAGGACAUCAUUGCCUGAAAACAUAGAGACAAACUUCAGCAAGUUGGGCACUACAGUGGUCCUCUGCAUGGUCACGUUCCUCUACGCUUGCAUCAAUAUUUUCUGCUGGUCGGCUGUACAGUUGGAUCUUUCUGAUCAUGACCUUGUGGAGAAACAGCCACGCUGGAGACGCUUGGCUAUCUACUACACCCUGCGUUUCAUGGAGAACGUGAUCCUCAUCGUCUUGUGGUACUGCUCCAGGACGGACUUCUUUGAGUAUAUCUGCACGCCGUUGCUGGUGGUGCAACUCAUCAUGUGUUAUAGCCUAGCUGUGCUGUUUAUGUUGGUUUUCUAUCAGUUUUGCCAUCCGUGCCGUAGACUCUUUCAUUACAACGUUGAGGACUGUUUACGUUGUGCGUGCUGUUGGAAGAAAAGGCAAUCGCAGCAACUCUCUGAUCCAGAAGUUGCUCCUCAGGAACCUGCUCCUCCUGACCUCACAAGCAAUCUGGUGGAUAAAGAGACGGAUAUUUUGGAUGAUAUCUUGGAUGCAGCAUGAAAUGCGUCUGCUGUUCUGUCACCGUAGCGUUGUUUUGGUUUUAUGCCGCGUAUAUUUGCACAUAUUGUAUCCUGACUGAGGAGUAUCAUACUGACGCUACCAAAUCGAGGAUGUACUGUACUCUGUAAAGCAACAAUUGAUUUUAAAUUGUCCUUAAAGCUUCAGGAAUCUUGGAUUUUACGUAGUUUGGAACUUUCAAGGUGGUGUGUAGCAGCACCAUAAUAGCGAAUUGUUAUUACAGUGGUGUAGAAAGGUUAACUCAUCAUUCUUUAAUUGCAAAGUGCUGAUCCAUUUCUGCUUGCUGGUCGCUGAAGUCCAAACAGUGUGUUGAGUUAAGCAGUGAUGUUUCACAAAGGCUGGCUUCAGUAGGGAGAUGCAUGGUGAGUCUGUAAACCAGGUGUGUGGGAAAUGUGCCAACCGUGUCUAGCUCAUAAAGAUGGGAAACCUGGUAAUUUUUUGGCACAUGUUGCACUACUUUAUUCAGGGGAAAACAAGACUUGAAAAGCCUGUGAGCCUUUAAAGUUUUCCUAAGUUUGCCUUAAUACCCCCAUGUUUUUAACAUUUAAAUUGGGAGAGCCAUAUAUUUAAUCUUAGUAAAUUAACUCUGGGAAUGCAUUUGCCUUAAUAUUAAAAGACUGUGCCUAACAAGACAAUUCAACAAUGCUUCUAAGUUUACACUGCAAAAAGAAAAGUCCAAUUGUUUACCUUGUAUGUGAAUAUGUUUGCCUGUGUGUUGUUGUUGUUGUUUUUUUGCCUGCAUCAUGUGCCUCUUUACUACUGAUUUGGAAAAUAAUAUGAAUAAAACAAAGAAUACCUUUA